CUGGAAUGUCGUGUGACGUUGUAGCCUGGGUAGGAAGUUGAUGGGAAAACAGGUGAUUGUGUAGGCUGUUUUACCAGCCCCAAACCCGUGAAGAAAUUGGUCGUCUAUUCUAUAAACGUACAUAAUUGAUUGAGACGAAUCCGCAACUUAUUAGAUGUGGGACUGAAUACAACCAAGUGGGCUAAUAUUUUUAAUUGAUUUGGGGGCAAAGUCGGACGCACCAGCUUUCAAAAUGGUUGCAUUGUCAGAGAUAUGUCUAAGCAUGGCUGUGCUUCUCCAUGUGGCUUGGGCCAGAGUCAUCUACAACAACCACAAUGGUGUGUUCUUAGGAGACAGGUCAGCAUUGUCAUUUCUGUCACGGUCACUGCUCUACAACAGCUGGGACUUUGAGCUGAUUGUGCCAGGCAACCUGGAGAGGGAAUGUAAGGAGGAGAUAUGCAGCUACGAGGAAGCCAGGGAGGUGUUUGAGGACACCACACAAACGGAUUUAUUCUGGAGCUCAUACGUCAGCAGUCAAGAUUCUACAACAAAAGUGGAUGUUUCAGCUCUGGUGGCAGGAUUACUGGCCACUGUAGUGUCAGUUAUUAUUGCCAUUGUUUUGGGCAUCUAUUGUUACAAAGCCAGGAGAAAGAAUGUGCAGACGGCAGGCAGCGCUCCAGUGAGGUUGGCUUUAGAUGGUCGUCCGGCCCCAGAGACAGUGCCGCUAUCAGGGAUCAUUGCACCAGGACUGCCAUCCUACAAUGAAGCUUUGAACCGCAGUGGGCAGCAUGAUGCCCCCCCUCCACCUUAUUCUGGGGGGGUGCCAUCAGAACCUCCCGAGGCAGCUAAUGAGUGAAGUGGAACAACUUCCAAACAUGUUACAUGAGUAUGAAUGAAGUCAGGGUGUACUAUUUUAUUAAGGACAUAAGAAUACCCUUGAACCAUUUGAGUACCCACAUCAGGUGGGUGUACAAUAUAGAGCCGGAAAGUAUAAUGGUGAAUAGAUUCAUCCACAAAUACUCAAAUCCAAAUGGUCACAUUGACACCUAGAAUGGGUUGACUUUGAGAAUCGUGACAAGGCAAAAGCCAUAUGAAUUAUUUCUUGUCUAUUAUAAAGUAAGGGUUCUGCCUUCUUAAAUAUGCUGUUUAUUUCUUUUAGAUAUAAGAUGCUUAGAACUGUGAAAGAUAGACUACAUGAUUUACAAAAAUAAACGUGUUGUUUUUGUGGGUAAGUCAAUUGUAAUAAUAUUUCAGUUCUCAUUGUUUAACAGUGUGUUCUGCCAUUUUUAUAUGGAUACUUUUUAAAUUAAAAUCUUAUGUUUCAAACAUCCUAA